ACGAUGGAUGAUCAAGAUCUGGGAUUCUUUGCCAAUUUUCUUGGCAUUUUUAUUUUUGUUCUGGUAAUAGCGUACCACUAUGUCAUGGCUGACCCAAAGUAUGAAGGAAACUAGGACCCCUUUGAAGAUGUAAUAUUCAUGUUAUAGAUCUUGUGAGCUGUUUCUAAGGUAGACUUUGAGUUGAUAUCAAUUGAGAACUUAAAUUUGGGAAUGUGAAUGUUAUCUUACCGUUGUAACUUUCAAAAACACAAGUUCAUUUACUCCAAUCAUUGCGAUGUA